ACAAACAGUUCAUAUGAUAUGAAUGUAGAUGCAAAACUAGAAUCAUACAUCAAUUAAAAUUAGGUACAAAUAUACAUCACUACAUUGAUUCAAGAAGAACAUACCUCCUGAUCAUCAUCAUCAGACCAUUCCCUCUGUCGCAGUUUCAGCCUCUCCGUGGUGGUCAUCAUGGAAGCUCCUGGCUUAGUGGUCCAAAAAACAGAGGAGGAGUGGCGUACGGUGCUUUCUCCUGAGCAGUUUCGGAUUCUCCGUCAAAAAGGGACCGAAAAGCCAGGAACUGGGGAAUAUGACAAGUUUUUCGAGGAAGGGAUCUUCAGUUGCGUCGGAUGCAAGACUCCUCUUUAUAAGUCAACCACAAAGUUCGAUCCCGGAUGUGGCUGGCCAGCUUUCUUUGAAGGACUUCCCGGUGCCAUAAACCGAUCCCCUGAUCCAGAUGGGAGAAGAACUGAGAUCACUUGUGCAGCGUGUGAUGGACAUUUAGGCCAUGUUUUCAAAGGAGAAGGUUACGGUACUCCAACCGAUGAACGUCAUUGCGUUAACAGCGUUUCAAUCAGUUUCAGUCCGGCAAAACCUUCCCUUCUCUAGUCUGAUCAUAGGAUAUGUAUGAUCCUCUAAUCAGAUUUUCUUGUACUAUCGUCUUCGAAAAUCUCUGGUAAAAACAUCAUCAUCAUGUUGUGUAUAUGCACUUUGUGUGGUGGUGAAUGCAACAUGUAAUAAGAUUCAUCAAUUAAUGAGAUUUGGCUUUUAAACCU